CGCUCCUGUGCGCAUGCGCGGAGCGAACGCUCACCUGUCGCACUUUAGCACACACUUCAUCCAUCAUCAAUGGGAAACCGCGCUAUAUUCCUUGUAAAUAACCCUCUUUGCUGCAUGUCAAAUGCCAUAGGGAUCUGUCACAACCUACGGACAUGUCCGAGAGUUCCUCUGGAGUGAACACCAGCAGUGAAAGUUUCCCCAAGUCUCACUCGCACUACUCGGAGUUAAGCGACACACACUCUCCGUUCUCUGUGGAACUGACUCCAGACUCUGGCAUCGUUGCCACACCAUUGCCGUCCAGCCGGUUCAGGUUUGCCUCGUGGCACUGGUUAGAGGAGCAUGAUGUCCGUGGAGACCAGCUGGCCUGUCCCAGAGUCAGAGAGGCAGGGCCUGCAGAAGACGAGCUGUCGGCUCACAGUGGAGAUUUCCUGCUCAGAGGAGGCCGGAGGAAGAGGAGAAAAGAUGAAGGACAGAAGUGGGAGGAGAGACUGCAGGAAAACUGGGAGAACUGUGUGGUGCUGAACUUGUCUUAUCAGGACCUGGGAGAUCCGUAUCAGCUGGAGAACUUCAUCCGCAUCCUGAGGAGACUGAUCCGGGUGGAGUGUCUACAGCUGGUGGAGAACGCACUGAGAGAUCUCAGCUCCGUCAGACUGCCAAGAUGUAAAAUCCUGAAUCUUCACCGGAACAAUUUGACGUCCUUUCGUCAGCUGCCAAAGGUUCCUGAGAUCCAGCACUUGUGCCUGUCUGAAAACAGUAUUUCCUCUCUGGGCGAGCUGACCCUGCUGAGGAGCUCGCCGCUACAAUCUCUGAGCCUCAAACGAAACCCCUGCCAGUUCCUGGAGGACUACCGCUCACGUGUGUUCUCCUGUUUGCCAAAUCUCCAAGUUCUGGAUGGCAUCCCAAAGCUACCGGAAGAUUCUGUGCCUCCAUCACCUGCGGCGUCCAGAUUUUGUACAAUUCUCUGACAGCGAAACAGCAAAGCCUGAAGCCAAGAUCUGACAGACGGAACUGAAAACGCUUCAAUAGUGCACUUGUAUAUAGUAGAAAACUCGUAACACAUGCAUUCAGAGCUGUACAUUUUUAUGAUUUAUUAAAGAUAUUUUUGUACCCGGC